GAGGCAAAAGUGGAAAGCGGCCACGCUGGCGCGGCGGCCGCCUCCGUGCACGGCACCGCCGAGAGUCUGUGGGGAUCCGGCGCAUCGCCGACGGGGUCUCGGGAGGCUGGUCAGCCUCCGCUGCGCUGGCGGCGCGGCCGGGCGUGCUGGCGGCGGCGCGGCGAAAGCCCUCGGGCGUUGCCUGGCCGCCGUGCGCGCGGGCGUGCGCAUGCAGCAUGCGGCGGCGGCACACGGGCGGCUGCGCUGGCGCUGCCUGGCAGCGAGGCGAGCGAGACUCCUGACGGAGGACCAGUGUGCGGAGCUGAGGGACAGGCUGAGCGGCCGGGCUGCCUGGUCCGCCGCCGACGAGGUGGCGGACAUCCUCGACGGCCUCGGCGUGCCCGCGGCACCGGACGAGGUGUUGCCUCAGGGGGCGCCUGCGUGGACCUGCCCCGUCUGCCGUGGCCUCCAGCGUGCCCGAGGCUGGUACUGCCCGUUCAAGCACCGGUACUGCCGCAAGUGCAUGGUGCAGUGGGCAGAGGCCCGCCCGCUGCCCACGUGCCCGCACGAGGGCUGCGGCUACCACCUCGGGGACCACGACCUCGAGGACCUCCGCGCCGACGCCGGGCGCACGGAGGCCCUGCGCGCCGCGCGGCUGGAGCAGGGCCUGGUCGCGCUGCAGCAGGACCCCGAGUCCCAGGUCGCCGUGUUCCGCUGCCCCGGCAGCGGGUGCAGCGCCGCCGUGGUGCUCGGCGUGGGCGAGGCCAGGCGGCGUUGGGAAUGCAGCUGCGGCGCGCCUUCCACCUGCACGGGCUGCGGCGGGAGCCCGUACCACCACCACGCGCAGUGCGGCGACAUGCAGAGCCUGCGGGCCCGCUGGCUCGCCUGGCUCCAGGGCGGCCGCGAGGCCUACCGGGGCCUGCAGCGGCGCGUCGUGCGGGAGGCGGGCGCCCAGACGCGCGCCCUGCGCGAGGCGAUGGCGAGGCACUCCGAGCUGGAGAGGGACGAGCAGUGGAAGGCGGAGAAUUGCCGGUGCUGCCCGAGGUGCCGGAGGCCUACAGAGAAGAUCGGUGGGUGCAACACGAUGGUCUGCGGGCAGAACGCCCACGGCGGCAACCGGCAGCCCGGCUGCGGCCACCGCUUCCACUGGGGCGACGCGCGGCCCUACCGGGCCGCGGGGGCCCCCUCGAGGGCGCCGCGGGCGCCGGCGCACGCGCGGGCGGGUGCCAUCAGCGGCCGAGGGGUACGGCACCUCUUCGCGCAGUGCGCCCUGUGCGACAGCGGGAAAUGCAUCACUGGGCCGCGGUUCCGCUGCGUCCACUGCCUCAACUUCAGCUGCUGCCUCAAGUGCGAGGAGCGGCUCGCGACCGAGCACGAGGCCGGGCACGUGUUCGAGAUCAUGUUCGAGGACGAGUUCGACUGGACGGCGACGGGCGUGGAGCUGCCCAGCGGCACCCGGGCGCGCAUCCGCGGCGGCGCGGCCCCCGCCGAGGGCGCCGAGGGCGGCGCCCCCGCGGGGCCCGGCGGCGGCUCCGCGCCGGGCGGGCCGCCGAGCGGCGGCCGCAAGCGGCAGCGCGACGUCGGCGCGGGCAUGGAGGGCGUCGUCAAGGGCCGCAAGCGCGGCAGGUACGUGCUGGAGCUCGCCGGCGGCAUGGGCACCAGGCACGUGGAGCCCAGGGACCUGCAGCCGCUGCUCACUCAGCGACAGGCACGGAGGGGCGGCGGGGAGGGCAGUCGCGGGGGCAGCCAGCAGCGGGCGGGAGGCUGCAGCGCGCGUGACUCGACUUCGGGCCCCGUGCUGGUCCUCUGCAGGUGCCAGCCGCCCACCGCCGCGGGCGCCCGCAUGGCGCAAUGCCUCGGAGCGACGGCGCUGGCCGAGGUGGUCGCGGCGGCCGUGGGGCGCAGCGGCUGCGGCGGCGGCGGAGGCGGCGGCGCCCUGCCGCCCUGCGCUGCCGCCGCCGCCGCCGAGCGGAUGGGCCGCGCAGCCGCCCGUGCUGACGCCGCCGCGGCCGCGGCCCCCGCAGCGUCCGAGGGCGGCCUUGCCCGAGCCCCGGCCGCCGGCUCUGCAGCUGCUGGCCCUCGCCCCUGCGGGAAGGCGCGGCGUCUCCGAGGGCUGCGGCGGGCGGCCAGGCGGCCAGCGGCGCUGCAGCAGGCGCCGACGAAGGAGAUGAAGGCCCCCUUCGGCUGGGACGCCGAGCGGCCUUGGUGGGAGGACUUGCUCAAGCCUCCCGGGAGUGCCACCGCCUGGAGCUCUGCGGGCUGCACUGCCGUGCCAGGGCUCCGGGCUCCCGAGAGCACAACUGAGAAGCUUCGCGUCGCCGAUCUCUUAGCGCGAGAGGUGCAAGAGGCGGCGGUCCACUGUUCUGUGGGCGAGUCGGACAGCUCUGGAGGUCACGAUCGCACGCUUCUCUUUGAGCUCAAUUUGCAGGAGCUGAAUAUUGGCUCUGUCCUUGAUGCCGAUAUUGAUACGUGGACGUGUAUGGUUAGCGGGCCCUGCACCAUCACGAGGCUUCCUUAUCGUAGCGACGGCUCCGGAACACAGAGUGGAUGCUGCACGCGGGACGUGAAUGAUUCGGAUGUUGGCUACGACCCGGCGGCGGGGCUCGAGUCGGACUCAGAACGAGUCCCUUUGGAGUACGACGUGGGCCGCGUCGAGCUCGAGCAGGGCGGCUUCUCGACAGAUGCCGGCUACGGGCCCGACCAGAACGACGCGACGGUCCAGACCUGCGAGUCCAGCCAGCAGAGCCCGAACGGCGGCUCCGAGCAGGCCCAGAACGGCUGCUCCAGCGAGCAGCAGGACCCGGACGGCGGUUCCAAGCAGGACCAGCACGGCGGCGCCAAGCAGGCCAGGACCUCUUCACUGCAGGCUGGAGUGUGUGGCGGGGGCGCUGCGGUCUCCUUCUGGGCACCGCCGCCAGCGGCGCGGCUCGCAACGGGUGCAGGCGCCCACGUAUUCAUGCACGUGCUUCUGCUUGGGGGCCUGGCUCUGGCCAUUUCUGUUCCGUCGAUGGCCUGCCCCUUUGCUGAGGUGGAGGCGCUGCAGAGGCUCGGCGGCGGCGACUGGCUUGGCGCUCUAUUCUUACGCGAUUAUUAG